UAUCUAGAACUCAAAAUAUAAAGAAUUGCUACUUAAAUGUGAAUGCAUAAAAUUGGUAAAAUAAUUUUACAUUCUUUGUAAAAUGUCUACAUUCCUACAAGAUUGUAAUUGAAAAAGAAGCUUAACCGUCAAUCAAUUGUUAUUGUCAAAUAUUUUUCCGUGCUCUUCUCUGUCUGUUUUAUUCUCGUAAAUGUUGUUACUCGAAGGAUGGAGCAGAGUGAGACAUCUUCAUUUCAUUGAGAAUCUUUGUUGCCUCUUUGGAGCCCCGCCCCUUUUCAUUGAAACACUAACAGCGCCAAACUUUGUGACUGUGCUAAGAGAAAAUGAGCUGUGGAGCUGGGGAGCCACAGUGGCGCAGAGUGCAUUCCGUUACAGGAGUAAUACCGCGGUCCAGACACGGGCACCGAGCCGUGGCGGUUCGGGAAUUGAUUAUUUUGUUUGGCGGAGGGAACGAAGGGAUCGCCGAAGACCUCCAUGUUUACAACACUGUCUCAAAGCAGUGGUUCCUGCCUGCAGUGAGGGGAGACAUCCCCCCCGGCUGUGCCUCCCAUGGCUUUGUUUGCGAGGGCACACGGAUCCUUAUGUUUGGAGGCAUGGUGGAGUACGGCAAAUACACAAACAGUCUUUACGAACUCCAGGCGAGUCGCUGGCUUUGGAAGAAACUGAAACCCAGAGCUCCAAAAAAUGCUCCACCUCCUUGUCCCCGGAUCGGUCACAGCUUCACCCUGGUGGGGAAUAAGUGCUACUUGUUUGGAGGGCUGGCCAAUGAGAGUGAAGACCCCAAUGGGAAUGUGCCGAGGUACCUGGGAGACCUCUAUGAGCUGGAGCUGCAGGCAGCAUCAGGCGCGCGGUCCUGGAGCGUCCCGGAAACAAAAGGCGUUGGUCCUUCAGCGCGGGAGUCUCACAGCUGCGUGGCCUUCAGUGGACUCACUUCUAAUAGGCUGUUCAUCUUCGGAGGAAUGCAGGGGUCUCGGCUGAAUGACCUCUGGCAACUUGACCUUGACACAAUGGUUUGGUCGACGCCUGAAACAAGAGGCUCAAGACCGUUUCCCAGAAGCCUUCACUCUGCCAGUGUUAUUGGAAACAAGAUGUAUGUUUUCGGAGGCUGGAUCCCUCUAACAGAGUCAAACAAACACGGUGUCUCCGGAACCAAAUGGAUCUGUUCUGGUUCUUCAAGUGUGCUCAACCUGGACACCAUGUGCUGGCUGACCUUGAGUCCAGAGGAGCAGGAUGACAUCGAGUCCCAGCUCCAGAGUCAGGGACCUCAGAGCGAUGAUCCGUACGCCUGCAGGCCCAGAGCCAGAGCUGGGCACUGUGCUGCCACCGUCGGCUCCAGGGUCUACAUCUGGAGCGGCCGUGACGGGUACCGCAAAAGCUGGAACUACCAGGUCUGCUGCAAGGAUCUGUGGUACUUGGAAACAGAUCGACCUGGCACUCCAGAGGCCGUGUUACUCAUCAAAUCUACAGUCAGCAUGCUACAUGUGGCAUGGCGCCCCCUGGCUACAGCAGACUGCUACAUCCUUCAGAUUCAACCUGUGGGUCUUUCACAAACAGAAGCCACAGAUCCAGCUUCCAAAUCAGAGGAACUCAAGCAAACAGACCAAGAAAAGCAGAGUGACGCCUGUCCAAGUGAAAGAACCACAGAGAAAACUUCUUCUCAGGUCACUUCAUUACAACAGGAAACUAAAACAAAAUCAACCAGUGGUUCGACAGGAGUCCAGACUCCAGGAAUGAGGAGUGCAACAGGGAAAGACUCAGAAGACUCCACCUCCAAAAUCAGCUCUACAGGAAAGGAGACAUUACCAACAGAGGGCAGCAGUCGGCUCCUGUCAGAUAAACCUGUUUCUGGUGACAACACAGGAGAUUUCUACCCUGAUACAGCUCAGGUUCAACAGAGUCCAGAUGAAACAGUGUGGUUUGAUGUUGGUGUGUUCAAAACACUGUUCGCUGUGAUCACCCACUACUUCCUCCCCCCUGACGGUGACCAGGCGUCCACAGCCGUCAGCAGCCGGACACAAAAUAAUAAGGAGAAGCUGCCUGGGACUCAGGACUACCAGGGCAGGGAGAAGCGGGAGCUGAGUCCUGGUCAGACCUACAGGUUCAGAGUUGCAGGAAUCAACUGUUUUGGUCAAGGAAACUUCAGCCACAUCAGUGAGUUCAAGACGUGCCAACCUGGAUUCCCUGGAGCGCCCUCUGCUGUUAGGAUUAGCAAGGCCAGUGAUUCUGUCCACAUCACAUGGGAGGCUCCGGCCUCUCCGUCCGGCCGGAUCCUGGAAUAUUCCAUGUACAUGGCGGUGCGUAAACUAUCCCACCACAAAUCGCUAUCAGACGGUCAGAUGGCAUUCAUCAGGAUUUACCGUGGCACAAAGACGUCCUGCACGGUCAGCUCCUCCCACCUGGACAACGCUCACAUCGACAGCUCGGCCUCCAACCGACCAGCAGUCGUCUUCCGCAUCGCUGCCAAAAAUGAACAAGGAUAUGGGCCGGCGACGCAGAUUCGCUGGAUUCAAGAUCCCACUAAACUGCGAACAUCUGCGUCCAAACCCACAGACAGCAGCUCCAAGGAUGACCAGAACACGGUUGACAGCUCCAGCUGAAAAUGUUUCCUCCGUUAAGUUAAGGAAAAUCUGUGCUCAGGUGGGUGGCAGUUACUGCCGCUGAGAUAUGACGUGUUUUACAUUUUUAUUUUAUAUUUAUUUAUCACAUUAAUUAUGCCCUUGUAAAUACAAACUGUAGGUUUAAAGGAAGUUGCACCACUUGAGUGUUUUAUAGUUGACGGUUGAGUGAAAAGUGAAAUGUAGAAUGUUGAUAGAGCGCCACUGUUCCUUUUUAAUAUUUAUUUACUGUAGUUUUUAAAUGUGCCUCAGCUUUGACAUUGUUACUAACACUAUAUAUGAAAUGCUGGUAUUUUUACUUUUGUUAUUAUUUGUUAACAUGUUUAUUCAUGAGAUGUUUAGGCUUGUACUGUUUUCUGUUUAUAUUUUAUUUUUUAUAACUUCAGUCUUUAAACUUUUAAAUCAUUUGUGAAAAAAAAAGAAUUUAAAUAUAUUUUUCAUUAUUAAAAUUUAAUCAAUGACUAAUUAACCAGCACAUUAUUCAACAACCUAAAACGCAGUUUGACUGUGAUUUUGUGGAAUAAAAUUAAGUUGUGACGUCAA